AUGAUUACUCCUCGUAAUUCAAGCAUUUGUGUCGACCAAUUCUUGCUAUCUUGUUCAGAGCUAGUUGAAUGCGAAGGCGCAAACAAUACUUGUAAUGAACCGGAACAUUUGUGUUUGAAUCAUUCUCGAUGUCAUGAUUUUCCUAUUUGUUAUCCAGUACCGAGCUUCAAUGAACAACUCUGUCCACCGAUCAGUACAACGACAACUACAAGCACUGCUACAACAACAACUGAAACAACAACCACGAGCACUGCUACAACUACAACUGAAACGACAACUACAAGCACUGCUACAACAACAACUGAAACAACAACUGAAACAACAACCACGAGCACUGCUACAACCACAACUGAAAUGACAACUACAGCAGAAAGUACAAGUGCGAAUUCAACCACAAUGAUGAGUCCAACUUUAGAGACUGCUCAAGAGCUAGGCUUUCUUCUAGUUAAUAUUUCUGCUAAUGCCACAUGGAUACAGAACGGAACGACUAUUGCUGGAGGCAAAGAGCUAGGUGAUGCCACCAAUCAACUGAACAACCCUCAUGGUGUCUGCGUUGAUCAUGAUCAAACAGUGGUUAUUGCUGACUACGGAAAUCAUCGUAUCAUCGAAUGGAAAAAAGAUGAUACAACGAAUGGACAAGUUGUUGCUGGCGGCAAAGGCCCAGGAAAUGGAUUACAUCAAUUGGAUCGACCAACUGAUGUAUUAAUUGACAAUGAGGCGGAUAGUCUCAUAAUUUGUGAUCGAAACAAUCAACGAGUCGUACGAUGGUCUCGUCAAAUUGGCACAACACAAGGAGAAAUCCUUAUCGACAACAUCACUUGUUAUGGAUUAGCUUUGGAUGAACAGAGAUAUCUCUAUAUAUCUCACUACGAAAAACAUGUAGUAAGAGGAUAUGAGUUGAGUGAUAAGAAUGGCACUCUUGUGGCUGGUUUCAAUGGCGAAGGUAAUGCUCUCAAUCAACUCAACGGGCCGACAUAUCUCUUUGUCGAUCGACAACAAAAUGUGUACGUAUCAGACAACAAAAAUCAUCGUGUAAUGAAAUGGGCUAAAGAUGCAAAAGAAGGAAUUGUGGUCGCUGGAGGAAAAGGCGAAGGGAAUGCUCUGACACAGUUGAAUUCUCCUUACGGCAUCUUCGUCGAUAUGUUGGGUACACUCUAUGUUGUAGAUAGGUUCAAUGAUCGCGUAAUGCGUUGGACUCAAGAAGCAGAAGAAGGCACUGUAAUUGUGGGUGGAAAUGGUCAAGGAGCAGGUGCAAACCAGUUCAACUACCCCGUUUGUUUGUUUUUCGAUCGACACAGUAAUCUCUAUGUCGCUGAUCGGUAUAAUAAUCGUGUUCAACAAUUUUCUAUCGAAUAA